UAGCUUUGCCUCCGGAAACGGGUGCCAACGGUAUUUAACUUUCCAGAAUGACAAUGAAGACGGUACAUAUUAAAGAUUAUCUUCGUUCGCGUCUCGCGUCAUUCUUGUAAUAGUCAUUUGAAUAACUUUGAAAACGUGAACGACAAAACUGUCGCACGUAUGUGAAUAACAUACUGCGCUUUAAAGUGUGUCCAAAAUCUAUAUAAAAGGCAAGUCUCUGACCAGUGUCUUAGGUCAGAAAUCCGAGAUCAUUCUGGAUUGGCACCUCGCGUGCCUAAUCUUAGUCACUUUUUGAGGGAAUAGUGAAAAAAGUUCCAAAACGAAAUAGUGAAAGUGAAAUGAAUAAACCGAACCUUUAUCAGCGGGCUAACGGUUUGCAACGACGGGAUGCUGAGGAGAUUCUUGAAGAGUACGGCCAUCUGCUACGUUGGACUGGGAAAGCGAAUGAGUCGCUGUUGGAUAUCGGUUGCGGUAGUGGAGAUGUGCUGAUAGAUUUCAUAGUGCCACAGAUGCCACGGGAUGAUGUGCGUAUUGUUGGGACUGAUAUAUCGGAACAGAUGGUUCGACACGCGCGGAAAGCUCAUUCCCAUUGCGAAAAUAUUUUUUUUGAAAGAUUAGAUAUUGGAACUGAGUUGGAUGGGUUUUUGGAGAGUUGGGGACAGUUUGAUCACAUCACUUCAUUUUACUGUCUUCAUUGGGUCAAAUAUCAAACAAUGGCGUUUUCAAACAUUUAUGCACUACUUAAAUCUGGAGGUGAUUGCUUGCUGGCAUUCUUGGCACGCAAUCCGAUUUUCGACAUCUACGAUCAACUUUCACGUUCUUCCAAAUGGACCAAAUAUAUGACUGACGUGAACAAAUACAUCUCCCCCUAUCAGUACUGUGAGAAUCCAGCCAUCAAAAUUGAAGGAGUACUGUCAUCCGUAGGAUUUACCAAAUAUCAAAUACAAAUAACGGAUAGAAUCUAUGUGUAUGAAGGAAUUGAAAGCUUGAAAACUGUCCAAGCUGUCAAUCCUUUCAGCGAACGAAUGACGCUAGAAUUGCAGGAAGAAUUUCUGAAUGACUACAUCGACGUGGUGAGCAGGAUGUCCUUGAGGAAAAGCUAUUGUGAGAAUAAGAGUGAUUACAAAUUUAUAACGCCGUACAAACUGGUGAUGGUUUAUGCUGCUAAAUAAACGGCCUCAUUUUUGUUGAUAUCUUCUAAUCAGAUGCACGAAAUAAUAAAUUUUUAUGUUACGUGGUUGAAUGGGACUCGAUUUAAUUAAUAAAAGCAAAAAUCUUAUAGCCUAAAAAGAACCUUACUUAAACAAAUGAUAGAUUACAAAAAACGUAGGUUGAGUGAUGCGAGCAAAUUAAAAAUCGGGGUUAUAUUUCUACAUUUACAAAUAUAUAGUGAGAUGCACUGAAAAAAAAUUGUUUAAUCAUUGUAUGCUGAAAUUGAUGGACAUUUUAGUCAUACACAACUGCGUUGCAAUUGAGCCGAGCUUUAUUAAUUUCCAGUACGUGAUGAAAGUUAACAACGUCACAGAGCGGACCAGCAAUUGAUUGGUUGCAUCGAUUUACACAUUAAUUGUUCCGCAUCAUUAUAAACAGGUUAUUAGUAUUAGAAAUACAAAAACGUGUUUAAUCCACCUAGCAGUGAGAUGAUACCUUUUUUUAUCAAUCCGCAUGUAUUUUUUGCAUGAAUAUUCUUCGGUGUUUAAGUUUUCAUGACAUUAUUUUAAUGACCGUCUUUUUAAGCGACAAUUUGAGAUUUUAAUCACUCAUUACUCUGUAAUGUCGAAACUGCAAAUCGGAUCGAAUUUGAAUCUAGAAGUGUGAUAAUCGAUUAAACAUGCCAUGAUAUGUAUGUUCCACUUUAGAGUUUACGGUAAUUUAAGGUACUUCCAGAGCCGGUAUUCAGGAACCAGCAUAAUCCAAACCAAUUCGUAUGGCCAUAUGACGAAUAAAUUACAACAGUUUUGAGUCCAACUUUGAAGCUUUUCGGGAUUGUCAUCUUCUAUAUCGGUUUGAAUUUUAAAAAUUCAUCAUCAUGUAAUU